CCCAACUGCUUCUUCUCCGUUAGAGGUGGCCUAAAACUUGUACGCUUAAAGCUCCUUCAUAUGUAAGAUCAUUAGAGAUGUGGGUUUCUGUUCUAAGUGUUAUGAAUUAUGAUGCCUUACUUCAAGAGCUGCUUUCACUCAUUCAGGAGCUUUACUAUUUCUUUUUGUGGAAUUAAGGCUCAGAAAUAUGUACUCGUUUGAUAUACUUAACCUUUGUUGUUCACACGAUUAAAAUCAGUUGAACUGCAGGAAGCUGAGCGGAAAGAUUAUUAAAGUCUAUCAGCACCACUUAAUCUCUAUAGAGCGUAUUGAAUUGUGUCAAAAAUCUGAAAUACUAUAUUUAUACGUUCUUCAGCAGCUAGUGAGACCUUCUUGGAUACCUGUUUUGAGACAAUAAUGGCUCUUCCUAGUUCCCUGCAGUUGUCCCAUGGAUUGGGACUGUGCAGGAACCUGGGCUGUAAUAACCAUUCGAGGGUGACGGGAUGUGGCAACUUACAUUUAUUGAGUGCAGGUCCUUUAUAUCCCAUUUCGUUCAUGAAACAGGACUGCAGGGGUUUUCAACACCUUCGUCAUAUAAACAGAACAACACAUACAUUAUCUUGCAAAUCCUGCUCUUUUAAGUGUCAUUGUUUUUUAGUGUCUGGCCAACCAAGUGAGCUUCCUGCUGUUAAGGUGGCUGCUACAGUGUUGGCAAGGUCUUGUAAUGUGUUACAAAAUAGUCCUGUCUUAGUAAAGUUGAUUCCUGCAGUUGGCACCAUCAUUUUUGCAGUGUGGGGUGUAGGUCCAUUAUUGUUUCAGACAAGGAAAUUAUUUUUUCAGAAGAGUGAUAAUAGUUGGAAGAAAAGCUCCACUCAUUAUAUAGUAACUUCCUACAUUCGGCCAUUACUGUUAUGGACUGGAGCAAUACUUAUUUGCAGAGCAUUGGAGCCAGUAAUUUUACCUUCAGAAUCUGGUCAGGUUGUUAAAGAACGGCUUUUGAAUUUUGUAAGAUCAUUGUCAACUGUAUUGGCCUUUGCCUAUUGUUUGUCAAGUGUAAUUCAACAAGCGCAGAAAUUCUUAGCAGAGGGCACUGAUGCAAGUGAGGCGAGAAAUAUGGGAUUCCAAUUUGCAGGCAAAACUGUUUAUUCUGCGGUAUGGAUUGCUGCCUUUUCAUUGUUCAUGGAAUUGCUGGGCUUCUCCACCCAGAGAUGGGUUACUGCAGGAGGUCUUGGGACAGUUUUGUUGACCCUUGCCGGUCGUGAGAUAUUUACAAACUUCCUUUCGAGCGUGAUGAUUCAUGCAACUCGGCCUUUUGUGGUUAAUGAAUGGAUUCAAACAAAGAUUGAAGGAUAUGAGGUUUCUGGUACUGUCGAGCAUGUUGGCUGGUGGUCACCGACAAUUAUUAGAGGUGAAGAUCGUGAAGCUGUUCACAUUCCAAACCACAAAUUCACAGUGAAUGUCGUGCGGAACCUUAGUCAAAAAACACAUUGGCGAAUCAAAACCCACCUAGCGAUUAGUCAUUUGGAUGUAAAUAAGAUUAAUAACAUUGUUGCUGACAUGCGGAAAGUAUUAGCCAAAAAUCCUCAAGUUGAGCAGCAGAGGUUGCACAGGAGAGUGUUUUUGGACAACAUAAAUCCUGAAAAUCAGGCUCUUUUGAUUCUGGUGUCUUGUUUCGUUAAGACCUCACAUUUUGAAGAGUAUCUGUGCGUUAAGGAAGCUAUACUAUUGGAUCUUCUUAGAGUUAUUGGCCACCACCGAGCUCGGCUUGCAACACCUGUCCGUACCCUGCAGAAAAUAUACAGUGAUGCUGACUUGGAGAACAUACCAUUUGCAGAUUCCACAUUUAGUCGUGGCACUGGAGCAGUAUCUAACCGUCCGUUGUUAGUGAUUGAAUCACCUUACAAAAUCAAUACAGAUGAUAAGAUGAAAGCUCGAUCAGCACGAGCAGCUGUUGAUCAAGAUAACAAGACAACCAUGCGAACCAAACUUGACACCAAGGUUGCAUCAAUAGGAGAAGCAGACACCAGGGUCAGAGGAGGAACCCAAGACGACUCUGAGGCGGAUACCAAAGUUGUGACUUCUAACUCUGACGCAAAUCAAAACUCUGGGACGGUUGUGACACCCAGACCUGAUCCUGAUUUGGUUGAAAACAAGCCACUGAAAUCAGAUUCAAACAAUGCAAAUGGGGAGGUGCCAGAAAUUUCCUCUAAUUCCAAAGCAACUGAUUUAGUAGCAUCGGAUAAUUCAGCUCAGAAGGACAUUCAUGUUAAACAAUCCAAGGGUAAGACCAUUAAAAACAUCGAGCCAAGCAUUGACUCUGAAAAUGUAGUUUCCACAUCAUCAACUAGCAUUGCCGACAAAGCUGGUGGAGUUCCUAUGAAUAUGCCAACAAAACAGCAAGGGGAAAGGAAACCUGCUGCAUCCAGGCCUGUUCUUGAGGACAACAUAGUACUAGGUGUUGCAUUGGAGGGAUCAAAGAGGACCCUUCCCAUUGAUGAAGAAAUUGACAAUGUGACACCUCGAGAGGCAAAGGAAAUGACUGCAUGCCAGGGUGGAAAUGGAUCUCCAAAGGCACCAGAUGGGAAUGACAAGUAAUAUUGUAGCUCCAAGUGAAAUAUUUAGUCAACAGUGAGUUAAGGCUCUGAGUUCCCAGUCCAGUACCCUACUGACUUUGAUCUAGUUUCCCACCCGUAGAAACUGUAAAUAUAAUCACUUAUUGUGUCAUACACCCCUUCUUACAAAAGUCUCGAGCUGUUAUAACUUUUCAUUAAUUCUGCUGUUACAGCAGUACGUAGAAAAGGGGAAUUUGCUCUAUGAUUUGAUUGUAUUUGUCAAAUCAUUGUAGAAUUUUAUACUAGGAGAACUAAUCUUUAUCUCACUUAUUAUAUGAAUCAUACGAUUAAUUAAAAAUUAAAUUCUUUAAAAUAUUAUUAGACGUUAAGUCUUU